AACCCAGCUCAUUCUAGUCCAGGUGGUGGGCUGCUUGUUCUGCUGCUUCAUCCUCUUCUCCAACGCUAUGGUCAUCACUGCUGUCAUCACCAACAGGAGGUUCCAUUUUCCCUUCUACUACCUUCUAUCCAAUCUUGCUGCCUCAGACUUCCUCGCAGGCAUAGCAUAUGUAUACCUCAUGCUUAACACCGGGGACGUCUCACGGAAGCUCACGGUGAGCGGAUACUUCUUCCGCCAAGGGCUUCUGGACAUCAGCCUGUCGGCCUCGCUGUCCAACCUGCUCGUCAUCGCCCUUGAACGCUACGUCUCCAUCAUGAGCUUUAAGGUGCACAGCAACCUGACCAAGAGGAGAGUGACUCUGCUGAUCUUUCUGGUGUGGGCCAUCUCCAUCCUCAUGGGAGCCGUGCCCAGCAUGGGCUGGAACUGCAUCUGCAGUCUUGACACGUGCUCAAAGCUGGCCCCCCUGUUCAGCAGGAGCUACGUGAUCUUCUGGUCCGUCUCAAACUUGGUGAUGUUUCUCAUCAUGGUGGCUAUUUACAUCCGGAUCUACAUGUAUGUCAAGAAGAAGACGGUGGGGAUGAAGCAGCACACCAACAACUCCUUAAAUCGCAAGAAGACUCCCAUCAAGCUUAUCAAGACGGUGAUGGUUGUUCUUGGAGCUUUUGUGAUCUGUUGGACCCCCGGUCUGUUGGUUCUGUUGGUGGACGGCGUGUGUCAGAGCUGCAAAGUCACCAAAUUCAAGCGCUGGCUCCUCCUUAUGGCCGUUGCCAACUCUGUCAUGAACCCGUGCAUCUACUCCUACAAGGAUCAGGAAAUGUGGAGGACUAUUAAAAACCUCAUGCAGUGCAUCUGCAACGGCACGCGUCGGCAGCGCUCCUUAAGGGCCAACACCAGACAUUUGCACUCUGGUCAAGAAACGGGUAACAGUCCGCUACCGUCAGAAGGAAACGAAGAGUGACAAUGGCAAAAUACUCGCAACUUGGAGUGAGAUCUUGUGAAGAAUUUGUGUGACUUGAAAGAGAAACUAAGAAAUCAGUGAAUUCCUCACUAAUGGGCAGUUUGGUCCCACCUGGAGUUUCUUUGAAGACGCUCACCAACUUCCUGUAAAAAGGUACAGUUGCAUCAAGACGGAGGAGAUCAUGCAGUAUCUCUCUGUGAUGGUUAGACGAGUAUUUUGUUGGGAUUUUACAAUUUUUUUUUUUUUCUUUAAGAUCAAUUUACUUUUUUCCCUUCUACAUUCGAUUUUCUUUUGACAUGAUGCUGCACUGUAUUUUAUGACACAAGUUUGUACACUCUUUUAUUUUGAAAGUGAUCAUUUCCAAACAUUACAUUUUGGCAAUCAUACAUUAUAAUAUUAAUAAAAAUAUUAAAUAUAAAAUAUUAAAAAAAAUAUUUAUCUUAAAAAAAGAAGCAAAAACACUGUAAUGUUGGAAGUAUUAUUUAAAAACCGUCAGUCUGGUGUCCUUCUUGGGCUUUAAACUACAGUGAAUGCCUGUUUUUAGCAUCCACCCAAAGAUUGUGUUACCCUUUUUAAAAGUCAGCUUUGCUACAUUACUUUCUCUAUUUUGAUAAUCUUUUCUUUUUGUUAACUUAAGUUCGAACUCAUUUGCUUUAUUUAAUCGUAACACCUACUCCUUUUUUUUAACAACUUCACCUGUUCAGGUUAAACUGAAAAGCAGGAGUUGUUAGUAUACCUAAUAGCGAAACCACGUUGCAUCACACUGGAUUCUCACUGAAUGUUUAGCACACUGAGCAUGAGCAGUCAGGGACAGCAGUCCAGCCCUAAGCGCUGCUCUCUGUUCUGACAUCUCUACUGAUCAACAACUGAUAGGAUUUAUUUGACUUUGAAUCACUUGUACUGUUGCUAAGGACUUUUAACAUUAUCAAUGUUGUUUUUUUUCUGUUUUGGGAGUGCCUUUUUUUUAUUUUAUUUUUUAUUUUCUAUGAGAUAUUUUUGGUCCUUUGCCAUGUUUUAUUUAAACCGAGAUUGCUGGUUAUCAUUUAGACUGUUGGACUUAAGACUGAUUAUCUAAAGAGAGAUCUGUAUUUUAUAGCAUCAGAUAUUGUCUUGUAUUCUGGUUAAUUGUUUAUGUACUCACACAAUAAACUGCAAACCACUCCC